AUGCAGGGUUCAGUUUUUACUACUACUACUACUACUACUACUACUACUACUACUACUACUACUACUACUACUACUACUACUACUACUACUACUACUACUACUACUACUCACACUACUACUACUACUACUAUUGGUACUGAUAGUAGCAACUCCACUACCACUGCGCCCUCUUUUGUCACUAGUUACUCAAAGAUAUCAUUACCUUCAGUCAGAGAGCAUCAAAUGGCAGCUUAUUCACUUUCUUGA